AUGGUUAUCAAGCUUAGCUCAUUCUUUCUGAUCGCUCUCGCAGCCUCCGUCGUGGCUGCUCCACGCGGCGAAGGCCUGAUACCCACAAUCAUACCGACUGUUCUCCCGACCGACCUCCCAACCUCUCUUCCGACAGGAAUCCCAACCGACCUCCCCAUCUCUCUUCCGAGCGGUAUUCCGACCGACCUCCCAACCUCUCUUCCGUCUGGGAUACCGACAGAGCUUCCAACCUCCCUUCCGACUGGUAUCCCAACCGAUCUCCCCAUCUCUCUUCCGAGUGGCAUUCCGACCGAUCUCCCAACCUCUCUUCCAGUUGGGCUUCCAACCAUCAUCCCGACCUCGAUUAUUCCCACUAUAACACUAUCCAUCCCCGCCCUCCCAACCGGCACUUUACUGCCCGGCAGCCAGUGCGACACGGGCCCAGUCCAAUGCUGUCAGAGUUCGGGCACCGCCGGUGAUCCCGGCAUCGCGUCAGUCCUGAGCCUCAUCGGCGUCGUCGUGGAGGACCUGGAUGUCGUGGUGGGUGUGACCUGUGCACCCAUCGAUGUCGUUGGCCUCGGUAGCGGCGCGACUUGUGACGCGGACCCCCUGUGCUGUGAAGACAACAACUUCAAUUCCGUCGUUGCGAUCGGCUGUGUCCCGGUCAACCUCGCCCUCUAA